AACUGCGAUAGAUGGAUCGAUAAUUCGUAAAUAGUACUUCAAUCCAGCAUCGUCACUAUAGAGACAGUAUAGAAUUAGUCUGCGUGGUGUCGUUUAUUCCCAAAGGUUGGAUGCUAAUGUUUACGCAGGAUAAAGAGCAAUAACUAUAGGCUUUGAGUGCGUGUUUAAGGAAGAAAAUGAAUAUGCUAACUCCAACUGGACAUAUUGCGAAUGAUUCGAAUGCUGAUCACCAUCAUACUCCAAAAAUGUUUUUUGAUCUUACCUACCUCCGUACACCUUCUGGCAUGUUGAAAAUUUUACAAGCUGCUGACGGCUUAUUUGGAUACUUAUGCAUGAGAGUAGUCACUAAGAGCUAUGAUUUUCCUGCCGGUAGGUAUUACGAAUUUGUCGCGCUUCUGGGUUUUGUCAUGGCUCUAAAUUUAGGAUUCUUACACAUGAUACACGUAACAGAUGUGACAAGCAAAACAAUACCUUGGGUGCUAAUUGAACUGAUAUACUCCUUAGUAUGGUCCUUUCUCUGUUGCAUCGCUGGUGGCAUUAUUGCAUCUUGGGCAGAAUAUCAUACAGCUCUGGCAUUUUCCGCUAUCAACCUCCUACUUUGAUUGGUAACGCAAGACCUCAAAGCCGUAUUUGUUUUGUCCAUUUCCAUGAUGAAUCUCUUUACCACUUAUACCCAACCUAAAAUACGUAUACAGUCAUAGUUGAAGAGUUGAGUGGAUGAAGGUUCUAAUUGACAUUUACAUGGAAUUUAAGCUAAUUAGCUUCUAAAUUUGUAGGUUGUGUUGCCAAUAAGAAAUUAAGAUUAUGCUUUCUCUUCAUUUCUUGACCGCAUGCUUCCAAUAGAUGAAAUCUACAAAUCCUUCAUUCGUUUAAACUGUUCGUCAAUAACGGUCUGAUUCUUAGCAUUUUAAAUAACAACCAAAAAGAGAGUAUUUAUUCUUAGACUUACUUAUUGCAAAAUGCACUUGGAACUAAUACUGCUACUUUAACUCACUGAGGUCUACGAAUUUAGAGUCGCAUAAUGCGAAAAUGAGAUCCACCUUGAGCUUGAGAAAUCUAAAUGUUUUCAAAAAUGUCAAUUAGAACCAUUUUCCACCAGGUUCUUUUAUUAGUUUGCGUAUGUUAUAACAAUGCCACCAGGAUUUAAAGAAACUCAGCUGAAGUGGUAUUUGAAUGCAAAAAUGAACUGUGGAACAAACUUUAUAGCUUGAAUUUCACCACCAUUUGUUAGAUGAAUUUAAGAUAUUUUAUCAGUACAUUUUAUGUAACCAAUGAUUUUAUGGUAAGCAAAGAAUCAUCAUGACAAAAAAAAGUUUUUUUCAAUCCUUUACGUACUUGUUCUGAUGCGCAACUGGUUUGCACAAGUUAAAAAAUAUUUUUAACAAAUGAUUUUAUAUAAAGCUAUUAAAAGAAGAAUUAAGACAACAUACAUAUCUUUGAAUCCUUCCACUACAUAUUUUUUAAGAAACACUGGUUGUUGAUUUCGAUUCCAGUUUACAAGUAUUUGAUUGAUUUUAUAAUGAAUCAUCAAAUCUGAAAAACCAAAUUAAAGUUUUGUUUACAAGGUAGGUAGGUACUUUAUUGACGUCGCACCAGAGCUGUACAAUGGGUAUUGGCAACGGUCUGGGAAAUAUCCCUGAGGUUAAUCCAAAUAUAUGCCAUCACAGUUCGUGAGGCCACUUCCUCAAUUUAAAUAUAGUUCUGAAAGAAGUUUUCUCCAGACCUCUGUACCCAUGGCACUGCUCAGCGACUGACCACAGGGCUUUCGAUUCCACAUAUUUUACGAGCACGUAUAUCGCAUGUAGUUGAUGAGUCUUAGCCGAGCUCGAUUCUCAUGCCACUAGGCUACCCUACCCCAACAUUUUGUACAAGGAGGAAAACAUGGAUUGAAUCCUUGUCGCUUUCAUGUUCUGAACAGCCGAUCAUUGCUGUUGUAAAGUAAAUUUAAUAAAUGAAUUUAUGAAAUUUUAUUAAAAAAGAGCAUUGAAUAUUUUAUGAAUUAUUUUUAAAAAGACUUUAUAUUUUCAAAAUCAUCCACCACUUGUUGUGAACUACAAUUGAUAAUUAUAUAUUUUAAUCCACGUUGAAAGUAAUAUUAUAUACAAUCUUUACACUAUCAACAAUCUUUAUAGAAAUGAGAAGGGGGAAAAGUUUUUAAAAGAUAAUAUAUAUGAAAUUUAUAUUGCAUGCUCUAACCCAAUUUGAUAAUUGUCAACUGCUUAUUGAACUUAAUUUUUUAAAUGUAAAAAAAAAAUGUCAUUAAGUGUUGGUAAUGUGAUAAAGUGUUGUGAUAAGUGUCAAAAAUGUAUACAUUUUUAUGAAAAUAAAUGAAUUCACUAUUA